CAGACACACUGCUGAUCAUUUUUUCUUAGAGACACUGUGCGAUGGAUGUUUAUUUCCUCUCUGGCUUUACAAUGUACAGAGGAAUAACAGGGCUGUCAAACACUUGCCUGGAAAGGGCCAAACGAUUAAAGGCAUGCGUAGGUGGAUUUCUGCAGAGACAAGACUUGAGCAGCCUAUGCAGAUAUAGAAAACCGAGGUUGACCUUGGAGGAAUGUCUGAUGUGGAAAGUGUCUUUUGAGAAGCUCCUGUCCAGCAAACAUGGACUAUAUGCCUUCCGAUCUUUCCUGGUGUCUGAGUUCAGUGAAGAAAACAUUGCUUUCUACCUGGCCUGUGAGGACUUCAAAAGCACAAAGUCUGCGGCUAAGAUGCCAUCCAAAGCAAAGAGGAUCUACGAGGAAUUUAUCGGAAGUGAAGCUCCUAGAGAGGUUAACAUCGACUACGAGACUCGAGACAUCACUCAAGCCAACUUGAAUAGCCCCACAGCAUCCUGCUUCGAUAUGGCCCAGUACCGCAUCUAUAUUCUCAUGGAAAAGGACUGUUACCCACGAUUCCUCAGAUCCGCUACCUACCGAAAUCUAGUCAACCAGCUCAAGGUGAAGACCGCCAAGGCGAAAACCAAAAAGGCCAUUGCGAUCAGACCACCACAUGAAGAAGAAGAACCAAAAUGAAAAACAUAGGGGCAUUUUGGCUCUACAGAAGAUGGAAGCUCGGCAAGAAGUGGAAGGGACCGGUGCGGAUCCUAAAAAAAGGCUGCUUGAGGCAGUCGGAGUGCCAUGAGAUGAAGAGAACCAUGUAAUGGAUUCAGAGUUCAUCACUGCAUUCCCAGACCCCCUUUAAUAUUGUCCAAAAUAGGGAACAGCAGAGCCACUGGUGUGGAGAGUUGCAUCUGCACAUAUACCUGUACUCGGCACAAAAGAUAUGCCGAUGGACUCUACCGAAGUAUGCCAUACAGCAUACUUUCAGCCAAUUAUGUUUAUAGAAUGGAGAAAAAGUGUUUGAUUGUUUAAUGCAUCCAUUUACAUCAUUUAUUAAUUUAUCCUUUUUUUAUUUAAUUACAUUAACACUUUAUUUUAAUAGUCCACUAGACAUUCUAUAAGUAACUUUGCUACUACAUGUCAACUAACUCUC